AUUUGCUUCACCACUACAACUUCAACCUUGAGUUGGACGCUUCCAGUGUCCAUCUGGACUUUACUAUUCUCCUCCUCCUUAGGCCCAUAUUCCCUUGCUCGAGUCCAACCAAGCCAUUGACUAGGAGACAUACACCCCCAAAGCCAUGGCUCACGCCGCCAGAGGCAAAGCCGCCCUCGAGGCCUCCGACUAUCCCAAAGCAUUGUCCCAUUUCACUCUUGCUCUCAUCGAAUUCCCUACUUCUCCAGACAAUUACAUGCUUCGGUCGACAGCUUUCGCCCGUCUCAACCCUCCCCGCUAUGACCUGGCUCUCCAAGACGCAGAAUUCGCAGUUGCUUUCGCCAAAAAGCGUGGGAAGAGAGAAAAGAUCCUCGCGACGCAGCAACGACGCGCCGUUGCCUUAUUUGGCCUCGGCAAGUACGCCGAUGCAAAAUUCAUACUCACUUCCAUUCAGGCGUUGAGACCCGCAGACAGUAAACCCUUGAAAAUGGAAGGAGACAUGUGGAUGGCAAAGGUUGAGAGGAAGUUGAAAGACGUGGCUGUCGAGGACCGGAUGCAUACCGCUAAAGAGAUCCCCGACACCCGCAUUCCUAGCGAUGCCGAACUACAGGCAACACUUCAGUCACAACUUAAUCCGGACAAAUCGUUCAGGUUCCCAGAAGAAGGACCGUCGUCUACUGCCCUGCCAGCCGAAGUUUCCAAAUCUUCAGACACACCCAAUGCCACCUCAUCCUCCCAGAUAUCCACCCCUGCAACUCCAGCCUCUGUACCGCCUUCGAAAUUCCGUCAUGAAUGGUAUCAGAAUCCUCAAAGUGUAACCUUGACUAUCUAUGCAAAGGGUGUCUCAAAGGAUGCUGCCCAAAUCGAUAUCACAAACACCUCGGUGUCUGUGUCCUUCCCUCAUCCCUCCAAUCCCACAUCGACGUUCGACUUUUCUCUCGACCCACUCUAUGCCCUGAUCGAUGCAUCUCAAAGCAAAGGUACUGUUAUGUCAACCAAGAUCGAGCUUAUAUUACGCAAAACGGUGGCGGGACAGAAGUGGCCAUCAUUAGAAGGCAACGAACCACUGACUUCACCGAACGGGACAAAUACAUCCGGCGCAACUGAUCCGGCGGCACUCAAGCCCUCAACGAUCGCGUCCUCUUCCACAGGUCCAUCUUAUCCCACUUCGUCUCGCAAUGGCCCAAAGGACUGGGAUAAGCUGGCCAGCGACCUUCACGCCAAAACCAAAUCGAAGCGUCCGAAAGAAAAAACCAAGAAGGCCACCGAUUCGAACGAGCCAACGUCUGAGCCCGAAGCCGACGACGAAAUCGAAUCCGACUUCGAGGGCGGUGAUGACGUUGAUGCCUUUUUCAAGAAGCUUUAUGCUGGCUCCGAUGAGGAUACUCGCCGUGCAAUGAUGAAGAGUUUCUAUGAGAGCAAUGGCACAGCUCUUUCGACUAACUGGUCUGAUGUUGGCAAGCGCAAGGUGGAAGAGGUUAAGAGCAAGGAUGAGUGAUUCGCGAAUCAAGUAUCCAGCCAUCGCAUCGUGUUAGGUGGGAUUCUUGAGGAAAGUCAAACGAUUCGUUACGGCUUCGUUGCGCAAAAUGGAGGCGUUCGACUUGAGUCUGGUGGAGAAAGUCAUACUAUGGGCGCCUUGGGUGUUUUUAGGUUUGCGAGUAUUAUUCCAUACCCUAAAGUUGCACAGUUAUGAUACAUGAUUGACGAUAUCAUGGCCAGGUGGCCGAUGAGUUAGUAGAGAUUUAGGUUUGUCAGAACAUGUUCAAACAUGACCUACAUGACCUGUCACAAUAGAACCCAUUCCAUGUUCGGACAGCAGACCCAUCCCUGCACUCUCAUAUUAAUUUCC